CCUUUGGCCCUUAGAAAUAUAUGCUUGUCGGUUCAUUUGCCCUUCAACUCAAAGGUUUUGUUAAGAAACCAUGGCUAUGAUAAUGGAAGCCCUCAGGACUCUCUUGAGUGCACCUCUCCUUUAUUUCAUUCAUAAAGACUUUCAUGGAGCUUUAGCAAAUAUGACCCUUAUAGAUCGUUUUCUCUUCCUUAUCAUACACUCCAUUGAUAAGUUGGGCAUAUGGUACCGCUUGCCUGUGUUCUUGGGUCUUGUUUAUCUGCUAAUUCGUCGACACCUUCAUAACCAGUACAACUUGUUCAACGUUGGCCCCACUCCGGUUGGUGUUCGGUUUAAUCCCGCUGAUUAUCCUUACAGGACGGCAGAUGGGGAAUAUAACGAUCCCUUCAAUGACGAUGCAGGCAGCCAAGGCACCUUCUUUGGCCGGAACAUUCUCCCUGUCGAUCAGAAAGAUAAGCUAAAGAAGCCAGAUCCAACGGUGGUUGCCACAAAACUUAUGGCACGGAGAAAUUUCACUGACACGGGAAAGCAGUUCAACAUGAUAGCAGCUUCUUGGAUUCAGUUCAUGAUACAUGAUUGGACUGAUCACCUGGAGGAUACCCAGCAGAUUGAGCUGACAGCACCUAGAGAAGUUGCAAGCCAGUGCCCCCUCAAAUCUUUCAAGUUCUACAAGACAAAAGAGGUUCCGACCGGCUUUUAUGAUAUCAAAACCGGUUCAUUGAACAUCCGGACACCGUGGUGGGAUGGAAGCGCCAUAUAUGGCAACAACGCCAAAAAAUUGCAGAAGGUGAGGACUUUCAAAGAUGGGAAGCUCAAGAUAUCAGAAGACGGUUUUCUUCUUCAUGACCAAGAUAUGAUUCCGCUGUCUGGAGACGUCAGAAACGGUUGGGCUGGCCUUUCAACUCUUCAGGCUCUCUUCAUCAAAGAGCACAAUGCCGUCUGUGAUGCCCUCAAGAAGGAAAAUGGACAUUUGAGCGAUGAGGAACUGUACCGUCAUGCAAGGCUGGUGACUUCUGCUGUAAUUGCAAAAGUUCUUACCAUUGAUUGGACCGUGGAGCUUCUCAAAACUGAUACUUUACAUGCUGCAAUGCGAGGCAAUUGGUCUGGGUUAUUGGGAAAGAAAUUUAAGGACACGUAUGGGCAUGUUGGGGGAGCCAUCUUGGGAGGACUUGUGGGUCUAAAGAGGCCCAACAAUCAUGGGAUGCCACAUUCAUUGACCGAAGAGUUCGUCAGUGUUUAUAGGAUGCACCAGCUCCUUCCAGAUCACCUUCUCCUCAGAGACAUCUCCGCCUCUCCGGGUCCCAACAAAUCUCCACCAUUGAUCAAAAAGGUUCCUAUGCAAAAUCUGAUUGGUCAUCAAGGAGAAAAGGCCUUAUCAGAAAUUGGAUUUACAGAGCAAAUGGUUUCAAUGGGUCACCAAGCAUGUGGGGCACUCGAGCUUUGGAACUAUCCAGUGUGGCUCCGGGACCUCAUUCCACAAGACGUGGAUGGCAGAAAUAGGCCUGACCCCGUCGACCUUCCUUCUCUUGAAAUUUACAGGGACAGGGAGAGGAAAGUCGCAAGUUACAAUCAGUUCCGAAGGGCUCUACUAUUAAUCCCCAUCUCCAAAUGGGAAGAUCUGACAGAUGAUACUGAAACCAUUCGAUCUCUUCGUGAACUGUAUGGUGAUAAUGUCGAAGAACUCGACACUCAAGUGGGUCUCAUGGCCGAGAAGAAGAUCAAGGGUUUUGCCAUCAGUGAAACAGCCUUUGUCAUAUUCAUCAUCAAUGCCUCAAGGAGACUAGAGGCGGAUAGGUUCUUCACGAGCAAUUUCAACGAGGAGACAUACACAAAGAAGGGACUUGAGUGGGUGAACACCACAGAGAGUCUGAAAGAUGUGAUCCACAGGCACUACCCAGAAAUGACAGACAAGUGGAUGAACUCGAGCAGUGCAUUCUCAGUAUGGGACUCUCCUCCAAAUCCUCACAAUCUUGUCCCGCUGUAUCUUCGGGUUCCCCACUGAUUAGCAAUGGAUCCCAUCCGUACACCCACCACGGCACUGCAAUAUUUGCUGCAUAUUGUGUCUAAAUAGUAAAUAACGGCAAAUACGUGUUGCUCUUUUUAGGUAUGAUAAAUAAUUUUU